AUGGUCUCGGUCAAACAGCUCCCCUCGCUUCUUCCUGACGAGCCAAAGGGCCAUCACAUCGGCACCCCGCCCAAAGCCUUCCAAAACCCGUGGCCCUCGUUCAACCCAGGCCACCACAGUCUGGGGAGCAUCAUCAAGGUUCGCUUUGGCAAAGACAGACCACCCUUUGUGCCGAUUCCCAGUGACCGCUCCGAGUUGGUGCCCGUCCAGAAAGUCGACUUUUCCACUUCGCACCCAGGCCCAAAAGUGACCUGGAUCGGCCAUGCCAGUUUCUUGCUGCAAACCUGCAGGGAGGAACCCGCUGCUCGAGGUAUCAACAUUCUCUGUGACCCUGUCUUCUCGGAAAGGACCUCUCCAUUCACGUGGCUUGGUCCCAAAAGAUACACACCCACCCCGUGUAGUCUGGAGGAGCUGCUUGAUGCUGUCGAGGUGGACCUGGUCAUCAUAAGCCAUAACCACUAUGAUCACGCCGAUGCAGAAACCCUAAAGGCGAUCUGGGCCAGAAGAAGAUCAAACGUCCAUUUUCUUGUCGGGCUGCACAAUUCUCGCUGGCUGACUGCAGCGGGCAUCGAUCGUUCAUCCAUUACCGAGCUGGACUGGUGGGAAGGCGUCGAGAUCGAUGUCGAAAGUGUCGGGAAGGCCCAGAUCACAUGUACGCCCACACAGCACUUUUCCCGGCGAAGUAUCUGGGAUUCAAACCACGACCUGUGGUGUUCGUACGCUAUCCGGGAUCUGCAAGGGUCUGGCAAGAGAAUCUACUUUGCGGGAGAUACCGCCUAUCGGUCCAUCCACUCGAUCAACUUGUCGCGAGAAGAAGAAGAUGCACAGCCUACAUGUCCGGCUUUCAAGCAAAUUGGCAAUCUGUUAGGACCAUUCGACCUGGCCCUGUUGCCCAUUGGGCUCUGUGAGCCGAGGGACUUUAUGUCAAACGUUCAUGCCAAUUCAUGGGAUUCGAUUCGAAUACAUCAAGAUGUCAAAAGCAGGAGGUCCAUCGGUAUGCAUUGGGGGACCGUCCGUGGCGGCUUGUCUCAGUAUUACGAAGACGUUCGAACCCCAACGAAGCACUGGAGGAUGGCCGCUGAAGAAGCGGGCUUGAAAUGGGGAGACGAGAUAGGUCUCUUGGAUAUCGGGGAAACGUUGAUAUUGUGCUGA